CUACCUUUUAAAUUUUGACAGUCUUUUAUUAAAUGCGACUUUUAUAGUGAAGUUAAUUAUUUAAAAAUUAAACUAUUUGGUUAAUCAUUGUACGGUACAUGUAGAAUUACUAAUAUUUAAUUUGUUUUUUUGAUAUACUCUAAUGAUUUCAAAAAAGAACAUCUUCUCUAUGAUGUACUGCCAGUCAUUAAUUUUAACUAAUAAAAACUAUAGUUUACAAACCUUAAAUUUAAAUAAAAGUUACUCAACAUUUCACAAAUGGAUAUUAGAUUUUUUCAAAAACCAUCCGAAAUAUAACGAGUUUGUAUUAAAAAAACCUACACUUGAAGUCAAUAUGUCAGAUUACAAAUAUGUUCAAUUAAAAACAAUUCCUACUGACGAAUUACUCAAUAAAUUUUCAUUUGGAUGUUCAAAGCCUUUUCACUAUAAAAUUGAUCAAGAACUGUUAAAUCGAAUAAAUGAUAUGUCAAUUAAUCAAAUACUUGUUUUAAUGGACACUUGUUUAUCUGAAAAAAACAAACUGUCUACAAAAUCUGUGUCAUUUAAAAAAUGUCUUGAUUUAAUGGAUGAGUUAUGGUUUCGGAGACCUGAUUUAACUGCAUCUCAAACGAUACAAUUAUUAUAUUAUGUUAGCAUAUAUAAAAAAAAAGCAAAGCCUACUGUUGAAUUUGGAUUACAGAAAUUAAUGAAUGAAAUCAACUACUUAAAACAAUCAAGUGAUGAAGAAUUAAGUGUUUUAGCCCUGACAACAUUUAAAAGUAAUGCCAAAGUUUAUGAUAAAAUGUUGAGAAUAUUUGCUUACAGGUUAGAAAAAAACUUAUCAAAGCUCAUUCAAAACCCUAUGCAUUUUGUGUCCCUUAUUAAACCAUUAAAGAAAGCCAAAUAUCACGAUCAAAUAUUAUUAACCAAAUUGACAACUACUUUUAGUAAUAAUAUUAAUAAAGCCUCGCACGGUGUAAUUAGUAGCGUUCAUCUUCUUACAUAUUUAGCAGAUGCAAAUUAUGGUGAUGUGAUAUUUUUGCAACAAUUGAUUGAUUCUAUUGGGAAUUGUAUGGUAAUUAAUUUAAUUAAACAAUAUUAUUUUAUGUCAUGUUUUUUUGAAAACAGUUUUUUGCCUCCAGAUUAAAGAUAACUUAAAAAAUUAUCGAAUUAAAGAUGUAUCCAACUAUCUUUUCUCGGUCAGUUAUUUGGGUUUAACUCCAAAGGAUCCUAAUGUGGGUAAAAUAAUUAAUGACUUCAUGAACCAAUUAUUCUACACUAAAGAAAAAUGUCAAUCGCAGUCUAAAUUAUUAAUUGGCAUGUGUUUAUCCAUGUGGAUGUUAGAUUAUAAACCAAUACAAUUAAUGAAAUUUAUGUUUUCUGAAAUAUCUAUUGCAGCAUUAAGAAGUAAAUAUUAAAUAAUAUCUUAUUAUAUAAAUGUAUGAUUUAAUUAAUUAAUUUUUUUUCUUUUAUGUAUACAGUGCCCAAUGCUCAUAAGCUACAUAAUAGGCUUGAUCUUCUGUUAACAUGUGCUUCUAUAGAACAACCAAAUUUAAUAAUACAAUAUCAAUUGGUUAAAAAUGCAUUAAAUGUAAUGCCCGAAUCUUUUAAGCAUUUAGGUGAACGUCCAUUUUUGGUAAAAGUUUUUCAGACACUUAAAAAACUGAAUUUGUCAAAAGUAGAAUAUAAUUUCAGUAUACCAUAUUUGAAAAUAUUAGGAAUACAAAUUAUAAAUAACACUGGGUAAAUAUUUUAUCAUAAGAUAAAUUGGGUAUGAUAUUUUUAUUUUGAUUUUCAUUAAUACGUUUUAAAAAUAUAGUAAUUGUAUCUACUAUUAAAAUGUAUUAUCAUCAAUUAAUUUGUAAUGUUAUCUAUACUAAAUAAGAGUACAUUAAGUAGCGGACAAAAACACAUCCGUUUCCUCACAAGUUCAUGCAAUUAUCCACAUCCUAAUAAUUGACACUGUUACCUCUACUCAUCUCUCUAUCAUUUAGCACCAUAGUAAAGGUAGUUUUGCAAUGUGCUAAAUUAAAUAUAUUGAAUUACUAACCUACUAAUAUGUUUUCGUUUUUUUUGCAAUUUUAUAUAUUUAUUUUAAACUAUUAAACAUAUAUAAAAUUUGUAGAUAAUUAUUUUAAUUGAAUUGUGCCAAUAGUUUUCAAAUGAAGAAAAUAAUUAAGUAGUAAACAAUAACUAUUAUUAAUUAAAAUUAUAUUCUUGUAUAAAUAAUACCAUUUAUUUACAAUUUAAGUUAAAUAAUAUCUAGUGUCCUAUUUUGUGUAAAUGAUUUUUAAGAUAUUAUUAAGAUAUAAAAAAAAGUAUAAAUAAAUUUGGUUUAUAAACUAAAUUUUAUAUAAAAGGUAAUUUAACAUAAAUUUAAUGAAAAUAUUAAAUGAAACAAUUGCUUAUUAUUUUCUAUUAAUUCACAAUUAUAAUAUAGACAAUAUAGACAAUAUAAUAUAAAUAUCUAGAUAUAUUUAACAAAAUAUGUACAUUUUUUUUUUCAGCGAAGUCAUAUAUAUAGAAGUUUUGGACAAUAGUACAUGUCUUUAUAAUACAGAAAUUCCAAAUGGUAUGAUGAAACUAAAAUAUCGCCUUGAAUCAAAGUUAAACUAUAAUGUUAUUACUGUAAGAAAUGUGUUUUUCAUUUAAUUAAUUUAUAAUAUGCAUUUUAAAUAAUAUGUUUUAUAUAGAUCAAAGAAAGUUCCUUGAAUAAUUCAACAUCAUUAGAAAGUCACUUAAAGGUGUUAUUGUCUUAAUAUAUAUGUAUUAAAAAUUAUACAAUAUACAGAAUAAACAGAACACCUGAAAUAACUUUUGAUCUAUUCAUAUUUUUAAGAUUUUUUUUCUUGUAAUAAUUACCAAAACCUUGCACAAUUAUUCCUGUAUUUUAUAAAUUUCUUUAUACAAUAACAAAUUGUGUUUCAAAAAUCCAAGAUAUAAAUAAUAAGAUAAUAAAGUAAAAAUAAAUUAUUAAAUGGUUAAUACUUAUAAAUAAAUAAAUGCGUCGCCUGGAGUAUUAUGAUAUAUGCAGAUAGGCGAAGAAUUGCUAACUAACUGUUUUUAAGGAAGCUUACCAAGGGAAUGAACUGUCUUACGUUACUUAGCUAGAUUCAUUUUAGAACACCUUACCUCUGGUCGUGAUCACCAUAUUCUUUCGCCAUUAAACACUGCACCACUAACUACUUGCCUAACCAACUGAUGUUUAGGAUGAUGUGCGUUGCCAAAAAGAACCUGUCAUUUCUGUUUAAUUAGUAUUGUAAUCAUGUAAUACUGUUAAUCCUCUUAUGUAAUUAUGUAUCUAUCUGUAAGUUAGCAUGUGAGUUUUUCUGUACUUGGGACACAGCCAGUCAAAAUGUCGCGUUUUACUUUUUAACUUUGUGAUUUUACAUAACAAUGAAUUUUUAAUUUGAAACUGGUCGUACAAUACAUAUAUCAUAAUACUGCAGGUGACACAUUAUUUUGUUUAUUUAUUUGUACAUUAAUAAUUAAAUAUUUAGAAAUAAAAUUUUGAAGGUUAC